UGAGGUUUCCUGGCUUUUUCUUGUUUAUUUGAGAUUUAUCUCAUUUGUCCAAGGAGAUACCUGUGAUUUGCAAACCUUAAAGCAAAAUAUAAACACUAGCUACCGUGAUCACAAUUAUUCAUAAUUUGUUGUUUUCAUGUUUGUUGUUCUGAUCAGAAGAAUACAGGUGGCUACAUUUGUGAUGCACUCAAGGUGUAUUUUUUUAAAUGACCUGGACGCCGUUAGACAUUAAGCCUAAUCACUCUUAUGCAUGCCUUUUCAACUGUUUUAAUUGAUGAUGGAUAAAUACAUAUUAUACUUGGGGAUCCAAAGGUGAUUUUAAAGGUCACCAUUUUGAAGCAAGAACAAAAAGAAAGCCAGUUCAUCCAAGAGUCAUUCAUCAAAUGUUCAUUACCCAUCUACAACUUGGGAGACACUCCAGUAGGCAUAGAAAGAUAGGUACGAGACAAAAGCUGGGUCCUAGGAACACAACAUGGCAGGCUUUCUCCUUCACUCCUCCCAGUUGUUAGCUCUCCCCAAAUUAUCAUAUGUAUCUAUAAGUAGCCCGUGUUUGUUUUAUUAAGUAUGUGUCAUCAGUCUUGCUAGAAUGUGAGCUUUAGCAGAGGGGCCGAUUCAUUUUUUGCCUUUUGCCUUAACUGCACCACCUAGCACAGAGAGUGGAGGCCCAUAGUAAAUCCAACAUGAGGGGCCUAGAUACCCUAUAAGGUCCCUUCCAGCUUUAAAUCUAUAAGCCUUCAGUUCUUAUCCUGCUUCUCAAGACAUCCUUUAUCCCAAGGUUCUCUACAAGUGAAAAUAAGGAUCAUUCUUCUUCCCUUCCAGGGUGAGGUGUAUAUAUGUUAACUGUUGAUAAUAUAGCUCCUCUCUCCUCUACUAACUUCUACCAAUGAGUGUUAGGUAACACAGGCAUGUAACUCCAUUAGGUCACUGAAAGUACCAAUCCUCACAAUGAGCUGAACUGGAUUUUGUGUCUAAUGCGAAUGCAAACCCUGCUUUUUCUGACUGUUGCUUCAGCUGAUGCAGCGGACAUCUCUUCUGAGCCAAGGCUGACAGACUACUCAUCCCCAUCACCUGGUGAGCCCAGCACUGGCUUUCAGGGCCCUUCGGAAUACUUCAUCAUUCUUUCUAUGCCAUUAUCCUAACAUUUCCACCAAUAGGAUCUCAAGGCAAAACUCAGACCGCAGAGUCAUUGGCUGAGAAUUCUGAGCUCACAAUCACUCCAUCAUUGGCAAUGACCUACUGAGGAUAGGAGGUUAGAAAUUCCAGAGGACAUCAGAGUGGGGUUUCUUCCCCAGAAGAAAAUUUCUACCAAGGAAACAAUGUGGUAGGAAGGGGAGGGAGGCGGAUCUUGGGGCUGGUGAGAACAGCAAGCCGCCAUCCAUCCUUCACGAGUGUGUGGAAAAUUCCUCAGUGGAGCGGAUGGCUUAAUGUUGUUCCUGAGUCCAGUGAAAAAGCAUGGUGAAUUAUUAUAAAAUUCUGGGGGUACCUCAGAAUGCCUCGCCAGCUGACAUUAAAAAGGCUUACCACCAGCUGGCUUUGCAGGUUCAUCCUGACAAGAACCCAGAGAACAGGGAAGCAGCAGAGAAGAAAUUCAAACAAGUAGCCGAGGCCUACGAGGUCUUGUCAGAUGCCAGGAAACGUGAUGACUACGACAGUUCCAGAGACAGUUACAUAGGAAGAGAAGACAAGGGUGAUGACAGCCGAGAGACGAGUCGGCUAGAAGAAGAUCUGAUGUUCCAAAGGCCAUACGGUGUCUUUCACAACAUCUAUGAUGGGGAUAACUUCUUUUCAGGGGAUUUUUUAUCGAGCACCCACAUGAGCAGCAUCGGGGGCUGGCGCCGGCCCCAGGCCAGGGGGAGGUAUCAUACUUCCCUUUUUGACGUGGCUCCCGUUUUGGGCACAGGGUUCUCCACCUUUGUGACUCUGAGUUCUGGAAGAAAUGCAGGUUCCACUUGGUCCUUCAUACCAUUCAUGGGCAGCAGCAGCAUGGGUACCUUCAGACUGGUGACCACCUGCAGUCAGAUAGUGAAUGGCAGGAGAUUUGUGACAAAGAAAAUUUUUCAAAAUGGGAGAGAGCUGAUCGAAGUAGAAGAGAGAGGAUGAUCCACUAGGCUCCCCAGCUACAACUGGAAAUUGAUGGAAAAUCCCUGCUGCUGAUGACAAGGAAUGAUGUAUUGACAGGACUUUCAUUAAAAUUGGGUCCUGCU